AUGGAAUCUUCUUUCCUAGCUAUGGGUAAAGCUUCAAUAUGGGAUAUUGGAACAUUUUCAUUUCGUAAACAAAUAACAUCUAAUAUGGUGUUUAAUAAAAGACUUCUAGGUGGAUUUAUCAUGAAUGUUAAAAAAAUGCGAGAAGGAGAUCAAAUUAAUGAGACCUCUUUUAAAAACUCCAUUCAAAUGUUUAAAGUUUUAAAAUUAUAUUCAAUUUUAGAAAAAGUCAUUUUAUAUGAAUCAGCUAAAUUUUAUGAACAACAAUCUAAAAUACUUUUCCUUAAUGGGAAUGUACAUGAAUAUUUAUAUUAUGUGAGACAAAGAAUGAAAUUUGAAGGAGAAAAAAUGGCACCGUAUUUUCAGAUAAAAACAAAGGAUUCUUUAUUGAAAUUGGUAAAAUCUGAAUUGAUAGAUAAAAAUGCUGACAUAAUAUGGAAAAUGUUUGAACAAUCCUUUGUUACUGAAAAUGUUAUGCUUACUGAUAACAAAUUUCGUGCUCAAUCAUUAAAAUCAUUAUAUUAUUUUCUUGUCAAUAUGGAUUCUAUUGAAUUAUUACAAAUACUUAUUGGAUCUUAUUACGAGGGAAAUCUUGCUUUUAUCAAAAAUGCACAUGAUUGGUAUGGAUUGGUGAAUAGUUUAGUUCAACUUAAAGGUGAAAUUAAUACAAUUGUUGAAGGAGAUUAUGAGGAUGAAAAUUCUAUUCUCAAGAUUAAAGAAACGUGGCAUAGAAGAAUUGGAAAAUUUGUUAGUGAAAAUGUUACAAUUAUUGAAUUUAUUGCAAAUGUAAUAAAUGAAUUUAUGAGAACUCCUGAAAAUAGUCCAGAAGUAUGGCAAAAGUUUGAACAAAAUUUGACUAAUUUUCUUUCAUGUAUGGAAGACAAGACAAUUUUCAGAGUCUUAUAUACCAGUGAUUUAAUAAAAAGGCUAUUGUUUAAUGAAACGUCUGGAUUAGAAUAUGAAAGACAUUUAGGAAACAUAAUUUCAGCAUGGAUGGAAGAAGGAUUUUCAAAAAAGUUAGAUAUAAUGCUUGAAGACAUGAAUACUUCUAAAAAAAUUAAUAAUAGUUUCAGAAAUUCUCAUUGUGAAUUGGAUGUUAAUGUAAAUAUUUUGACAUUAAACAAUUGGCCAAAUUAUUUGACAAAUUUUGUAUCUUCAAUGCUUUCGAUUAAAAAUGCAUUUAAUAAUAUAAUUGCCAGAGAAAAUAACAAUAAAUUGAAAGUAUUAAAAUGGCAUCAUGGAUUAGACAGAUGUAUUGUAGAAGCAACAUAUCCAAAAGGAACAAUACAAGUGGAUUUGAGUUUACAUUCUACAUUAAUAUUAUUAUUAUUCAAUGAUUUGAAAACUGUAUCAAAACUUUCAUAUAAAGAAAUCAAGAAUAGCAUUAAUUUAGGUGAGGCAUUUGAACCAUCAUUUCAUAUAAUAACAAAUACUGAUAGGUUUUAUAUAAAUGAGAGACUUUUAUUAAAUGAUUUAAAGAUGUUUAAUGGGACACCAAUUACCAUUCACGAUUUAGAAGUUAACAAGAAGUUCAAGGAAGUACAAGGAGUUAGAAUUACACGUCAAAUAGCUGAAUACAGAGCUAUUCAAUUAGAAUCACUAAUUAUGAAAAUUAUAAAACCUGAGAAGAAAAUACACAUUAAUGAAUUGAUUGAUAGAGUAUUGAGUCAUCCUAGAUUUGAUUGGGCAAUGGUAAAUAUGUAUCUUAAAAUAGAUGAGAAAUAUCUCAUUUAUUUACCUUAA